AUGGCGGCCGUGCUCGAGGCCGCGCUCGCGGACCGGCUGGCGGCCAACCGGUCGAUGCAGAUGGAGCUCGAGGCCAUGGAAGCUCGCAUGAUGGCCUUUCUCAAGGAGACAGAGCUCUCUCUGUACCCUACUCUGGACGAUGUGAGCUGCAAGUGCAUUCCCGAGCACCGCGUACCGCCAGCGGCCCUGGGCCGCCACUUGAAACGCUGUCAUGGCAUUGCCGACGAGCACCAUGCGUCCCAUGAGUUUUUCUACGAGAAGAUGCCGCAUGUCGAGAACAUUCGCGCGACCAAGCCAGCUUCAGGCGAGGCCACCCAGCCCCGCAGUCGAGAGCCUAUGGCCUUUGCCCCUGCGACUGCUAGCUCCACGCCCCAUUUCCUGCACAUGGACAAUGCGUACUUUGACGACGACGGGGUCACGGACGUCUCGACAACCACCGAGGACGACGAGGUCCACUCGCUCGUCGAGCGCUCGGGAAGCGACGUCAGCGACGUCCCGACGGCGGUGCUUGCGAUAGCUGCGAACGCUGUCGAUUUUUUCACUGCCGCGCAAGCUUGGACUGCGAUACCCCGCCCCUUCCAGCGCGUGGACACGAGCUCCUUUGUGGCUGAUACCAAGUGCUGGGUGCACGCCUACUUUAGCUCACACUUGUCGGCGGACGAAAUGGACGAAGACCUCACCGACUACGUCCUCGGACUCCUGGACCACCCGGACUUUAGCCAGCCUGAUAUCCUUGUUGCCGAGUUGACCGAGUUUCUCGAAGAGAAAACGAGCGCGUUUGUGCUGGCGCUCUGGAAGUACUUGGCCGUCGAAGUUGCUCGCCGUGCAGUCUACAACGACGCACGGUCGCAGGACGAGCUUCGGCGGCAAUCGCUCGUGCAAGUCGCCAUACCCCCAAAGCAGCCCAGCGCACCCGUCCCACCAGGUGUCGUUGACUGUAGUUCAUCACGACCUCAAGUCAUUGUAGUCGUCACUGCACCGUCCAACAAGCGCCGACGCAUGUCGUAUCGCGCCAAGAACACGAAACGCAACUACCACGAAGUGGUGCGCGAAAUGCUCGAGCAUCAAAUGGCAGACCUCGGGCAGCGCGACGGCUGGCACCUCGCUGCUGCGCCAGCAAGCGACAUUGCUCCCACGACAGCAACGCCCGUUGACCACGCUGCAGAGACUCGCCGCCGAGCACUCAUGGCACUUCGGGAUCCAUUAGACGUCCGCAACUACGACCGAGACAUGGCGCGUCGAGGUCGAUCUCGGAGUCGGGAGCCGCGUCAGCGCGAGUCGCGCUCCCGAGACGUCCGUCGAUCUCGAUCCCGAGAACCGCGCCGGUCUCGGUCGCGGGAGCAUCGGCGUCGCAAGCGCAGCCGGUCGGUGUCGCCCGAGCGGUCGGCCAAGCGGCGUCGGCGCAGUGAAGACCGUCGGUACGAUACCAAGAGCACGUACACACGCUGA